AUUUUAAAGCUCUCUCAAGUGUUGCUUAUAUCUACGGCCUCCACUGUGAAAUUGUGGUUGGCAUCCGUUUUAAUUCGGCUAACAUAACGUUAUUUAAAAUAUCAAAUAUAAAGACAUAGACUAACGUUGCUAGAUCUAAUAGGUCGUUUUCUGAAAACGUCCAGACACUACAAUUGACGAGUAACGUUACAGAACUGUCCUAAAUGGCUCAGCGACAUUAAGACUUCAUGACACUUCAGGUGGCUAAAAUGGAGUCCUGUGAUGAUGGAGGGCCACUCAAUGUAGGGGGUUCAGUGGGAGAGGAGAACUAUUUCCUGGGAUACACUUUCACUGAUCGCUCGCACUCCAGUCGGGUCGUAAAGAGCAUCAUGGACCUGUGUCUGGAGGAUGGGCUUUUUGCUGAUGUAACUGUCAUGGUUGAUGGAAAGGAGUUUCAGCUGCACAGGUUGGUGCUGUCAGCCCAGAGUUGUUUCUUUCGCUCUAUGUUUACCUCCAACCUGAAGGAGGCGCAUAACCGAAGUAUUGAACUUAAGGAUGUAAGUGCCCCAGUAUUUCAGUUGCUGGUGGACUACAUUUACCACGGCACUAUCAAGCUGCGGGUUGAGGACUUGCAGGACACCUACGAAUUGGCUGACAUGUACCAGCUGACUGCCCUCUUUGAGGAAUGUUCCCGCUUUCUCUCACGCACCGUGGAGGUCAAGAACUGUUUACAGGUGAUGUGGUUGGCAGACAGGCACAGUGACCAGGAGCUCUACACAGCUGCCAAGCAUUGCGCCAAAAUCCAUCUGGUGCAGUUGCACCAGACAGAGGAGUUUCUUAACCUGCCCCUCCGUCUGUUGAUGGACAUCAUUAAAGAUGGUGUUCCGAGCUCUCAGAAUCCUACUGUGGCCAUUGAUUCCUGGAUAAACCACAAUAAAGUGGAGCGGCAGGAGUUUCUGACUAUUCUCCAGGAUAGCCUGAAGGAGAUCGGCGAGAACGUGCACAUCUACCUGAUCGGGAAGGAGGAGACGCGCACGCACUCGCUGGCCGUGUCGCUGCACUGCGACGAGGACGACGCCAUCAGCGUGAGCGGCCAGAACAGCCUGUGCCACCAGAUCACGGCGGCCUGCAAGCACGGCGGCGACCUGUACGUGGUGGGCGGCUCCAUCCCGCGCCGCAUGUGGAAGUGCAACAUGCACACCAUGGACUGGGACCGCUGCGCCCCGCUGCCCCGCGACCGCCUGCAGCACACGCUGGUCUCCGUGCCCACCGAGGACGCCAUCUACUCGCUGGGCGGCAAGACCCUGCAGGACACGCUGUCCAACGCCGUCAUCUACUACGGCGUGCAGGGCAACGUGUGGACCGAGACCAGCCAGCUGGACACGGCCGUGUCCGGGGCCGCCGGGGUCAACCUGGACGGCACCAUCUACCUGCUGGGCGGGGAGGAGAACGACAUGGACUUCUUCACCAAGCCCUCGCGCAUCAUCCAGUGCUUCGACACGGCCGCCCAGAAGUGCCACACCAAGCCCUACAUGCUGCCCUUCGCCGGCUGCAUGCACGCCACCGCCCACAAGGACCUGAUCUUCGUGGUGGCCGAGGGCGACUCGCUGGUCUGCUACAACCCGCUGCUGGACAGCUUCACCCGGCUGCGCUUCCCCGAGGUGUGGAGCUGCGUGCCGUCCCUCUGGAAGGUGGCCAGCUGCAACGGGUGCAUCUACGUCUUCCGGGACAAGUGCAAAAAGGGUGACGCCAACACGCUCAAGUUCAACCCCGCCACCUCCGUGGUCUCUGUCAUCAAGGGCCUCAAGAUUCUCCUCACAAACUGGCAGUUUGUCCUGGCUUGAUUGGUGGCCGAACGGCUUUUGAAGCGAAAGCAUUAUGUCAGCUCGAUGGCAUUGAGCUUGGGGCUUAUAGAGAGAACUUCUGAAGUUCACUAGCCAUUGUAACAAUCACAGUGCUUAGACUUUGGGAAACUGAAUAGAUUGUCUUGUUUAUUUAAUCAUUUCAUUCACAUUCAGUCUCUGUAGCCCUCAUGUUACUAUCCAGCUAUUUGGUACGCAGUGGACGUCAGCAUGUAGGAUUAAUAUAUCUUGCAACACAAGAUUUACCCCCCCCCCCCCCCCAUAUUCUGGUAAUUUCAUAUAAUUCAGGGUUGUUUUCAUAAUAUACUUGCAGAAAUAUUCGCUCGAGGGGCUCUCUGGAAUAACUGGUUCUUGUGCUGUCUUAGUGAAAGGAGUCCUGACUGGAGUCACUUUGAGAGACGGACUAUUUCUUUACCUAAGAAGAGAAGGUCUCAUUUGGCAGGGUAGCCUGUGCCUCAUCACAUAUGAAGCCUAGAAAUGAACUUGUUGAGAACUUACCAGUGUGGAUAGUGGAAGAAGAAAUUAUCUAGCCGCUCAUAAUUUUCACCAGUCAUUAUAGUAAGGAAUUUGUGGUACAGACCACUGAGUUAUGGACUGACUGGUAAUCUAUAUGUAUUGCGAACCUGGAAGUAGCAUGAAUAAUUCCACCUUAUCAACAUCAUGGCCUUUAUUAUUGCUAAUCCAAAAAUAUGAACUUGUCAUAUUUGAAAGGUAACAAAUAUUUUAUAUUAAAUAUUUAAAUAGCUUAAUAUUAUCAAAAUUAGACAAAUGGACAUAGAUUGGUAAGGUUGUUAAAGAAUAAUGUGGGAAAUUCAACAGGAUUGGUUAUGAAGAAUGACCUGUAGAAAAUCCAAUAGUUUUGAUAGCUGUACAAAAGAUAACAGUGGAUGUCUCGUUCAGAUAGCCUGUGAUGAACAUUUCUUGAGUGUUGUAAUGAGCUCCCUGAUACCACUGCUUUGGCUCUUGGUAAUUUCAACUGAAGUCCCUACAAGUCCCUACAUUUCUUUAAAUCUGUGGGUUUUGACAUCACGUUCAAAGUUACCAACUUCAGAGUUCUGAAUGACUUCCAUUCCCAGUGCAUUUAUUUGAGGUUCUAUGGUGUACCUUUGUAUAUACGUGUGUGUGUGUGUGUGUGUGUGUGUGUGUGUGUGUGUGUGAGAGAGUGUAAGCGCACGUGUGUUUGCUUAUAUAAAUAGUUUUUAUUUUUUCAGAAAAAAAUCACGAUUGCUGGUUUCACAUGGAUUCAGAAUCAGGCCAUUUUCAUUUGCACACAACAGUUUCCAUUUAGUGCUCAGACAUCAAUGUCAUGUGUCAAUGUUUUGAAUGUCAGUGAACAUACGGACUGCAUUCAGCACAUUAUAGUAAAAAUAAUUUCUACUGUUAAUCAGAUGAUAAUAAAUAAUCAAAAACCA